CUCCAACUCAGCUCCGAUCCAAAACAGAACCGAUUCGGCUUAUUUUGUUUUGCCGAUCAUUCAGACAGUGAAAAAAAGGAAACAAAGACAUUCUGUGAUUGCAGUUCAUCGAUUAAGGAUGUUCAAGAAAAUAAUUUCGUUGCUUUUUGUGGUGCAGUUCCUUGCAAUUGCCGAUGGGGACUUGAUCAGAAUUCCUUUGCACAAGUUUGACUCAGCUCGUCGCCAUUUUAUGAGCGUUGGAACUGAAUUGUCGCAGGUUCGUUUGUCAAAUUACAACAAUGUUGAAGGACCAACACCCGAGCCAUUGUCAAACUAUCUUGAUGCUCAAUAUUAUGGAGCAAUUUCAAUUGGAACUCCGCCACAGUCGUUUAAGGUUGUCUUUGACACAGGCAGUUCCAACUUAUGGAUUCCAUCAAAACAAUGCUCACUCAUGAACAUCGCCUGCUUAAUGCACAACAAGUACGAUGCCAAGAAGAGCUCAACAUUCGAGAAAAAUGGAACCGCAUUUCACAUCGAAUAUGGCAGUGGCUCAUUGAGUGGUUAUUUGUCAACAGACAUAGUCAAUAUUGGCGGAUUGAACAUUCAAAAGCAAACAUUUGCUGAGGCAAUUUCUGAACCUGGUCUGGUGUUUGUUGCUGCUAAGUUUGAUGGAAUUUUGGGACUUGGAUACAAAUCGAUUUCUGUUGAUGGAGUUGAACCUCCUUUUUAUAAUAUGUUCAACCAAGGACUUGUUCCACAACCGGUGUUCUCAUUCUACUUGAAUCGUGAUCCUAAUAGCAAGGAGGGUGGAGAAAUCAUUUUCGGCGGCAGCGAUCCAGACCAUUAUGAAGGUGACUUUACAUACCUUCCAGUCAACCGCAAAGCUUACUGGCAAUUCAAAAUGGACGGCGUAAAAGUCGGAGACAAAGCAUUCUGCAAUGGUGGAUGUCAAGCAAUUGCAGACACAGGAACUUCACUCAUUGCUGGACCAGCUAAGGAAGUCACAGAAAUUAACAAGGCUAUUGGUGGAACUCCAAUUUUGAAUGGACAAUACAUAGUUGAUUGUAGCUUGAUCCCUAAAUUGCCAACAAUUACAUUCACUUUGGGUGGAAAGGACUUUAGUUUAAGUGGUGCUGAUUAUAUUUUGAGAAUUGCUCAGAUGGGCAAAACAAUUUGUUUGAGUGGAUUUAUGGGAAUUGACAUUCCACCACCUAAUGGUCCAUUGUGGAUUCUUGGUGACGUCUUUAUCGGUCGAUACUACACAGAAUUCGACUUCGGCAAUGAUCGUGUUGGAUUUGCCGUCACAAAAUAAGCCAAAGAUUCAGUUUUAAUUCCUAAUUCUUUUGACUUUUCAAAAUUAAUCAUUUAAAAAUGAAAAAAAAAAUUCCCAGCAAGACUUAACAGCCACAGUAAGGCUUCACAUUCUAUUAAUUUCAAUUCCCGAUGACUGAAAAAAGUUGAAGUUUAAUG